AUGGCUCAUUCUAACGACAGUGACGAAGGCUUCACCAAGUCCUUAGAUGCGCACACGGCUCCACAACACGGCAAUGAAGAUGAACCGCAGCUCAAUGUUGGUGGUCAUGGAGGAACGCAAAGACGUCUUCGAAACUAUCAAGUCACCAUGAUCGGAUUUUGCAGUGGCAUCGGUACUGGUCUGUUCAUUGGGUCUGGUGCGGCCUAUGCGAAAGCAGGUCCCGCUGGAUUGUUGUUGGCAUAUAUACUUGUCGGAGUGGUGCUGUGGUGUGUCAUGCAAAGUAUUUCUGAGUUGGCUACCUUGUACCCAACUGCUGGGUCAUUCCCUCACUGGGCAACCCGAUUUAUCGACCCAUCGGUGGGAUUUUCUCUUGCUAUUUCCUAUGGUUACUGCUAUACAAUUGCCAUUGCCUCGGAGGUUUCAGCAGCCGCGGUUGUAGUUUCUUUCUGGACAGAUAUCACUCCUGCGGUGGUUAUCACCGUCGGACUCGUCCUCAUCCUGGCUGCCAAUUUAGUCAAUGUACGAUGGUAUGGCGAGGUCGAAGUCGUGACUGGCGCCAUCAAGGUUUUAUGCUUCAUCGGCCUGGCGAUCGUCUCCAUCGUCAUCACCGCUGGCGGCGCACCCAGCCACGACCCAAUUGGUUUCCGGUUCUGGAAGAACCCAGGUCCAUGGACGGACUAUAAUGGAAUCACGGGCUCGACUGGUCACUUCCUUGGAUUCCUCGCCGCUUUGGUCAACGCCUCCUUCAGUUUCAUCGGUAUUGAGACCGUGGUUAUCUCUGCCGCGGAGUCUAUUAAUCCACAUCACGCCAUUCCCCGUGCUGCAAGUCGCGUUACCUAUCGAAUCGGAUUCUUCUACAUCCUCGGCGCCUUUCUUAUCGGCCUAAUCGUGGCUUCGGAUAACCCCAGUCUAGUUUCUGGCAGCGGCAAUGCCAACAGCUCGCCCUUUGUCAUCGCCAUAGUGCAAGCGAAAAUCCGUGCAUUACCAUCGAUAGUAAAUGCGUGUAUUCUCGUGUCCGCCUGGUCAGCUGGCAAUUCAUACUGCUGGGUUGGUUCGAGAAUGAUGGUGGCCAUGACAACGGAUCACCAAUUACCUCAGAUCUUUGGACGAACAACGGCACAAGGUGUACCUUAUAUCGCGGUCAUCGCUGCCUGGCUGUUUGGCCCACUCGCAUAUCUCAGUCUCGGCUCCGGCGGUGCCGCUCAGGCAUUCACCUGGCUUCUCAAUCUGUCCACCGUCGCCGGCCUCGUCGCGUGGGGCACUCUCUGUGUGUGCUACAUCCGGUUCUACGGGGCCCUCAAGUCACAAGGCGUCAGUCGCGAGACCCUUCCGUGGAAAGGACCAUUCCAGCCGUAUACAGCGUGGGUGGGUUUUGUCGGAUCCCUGUUCAUCACGCUGAUCAACGGAUUCUCUGUGUUCUUAAAAGGACAGUGGUCAACGUCGGAUUUCAUCGCGAGCUACAUUGGAAUCCCGAUUUUCAUUGUGCCGAUCAUUGCGUGGAAGCUACUCAAUAAGACAAAGAUUGUUCACCUGUCCGAAAUCGAUUUGUGGUCCGGCCGAUGGAAGGCGCCGCACAGUGCGCCAAAGCCUGAGAAUGGUCGCAAAGGGCCAUGGAAGCGUUUUGUGGACGUCGCCGUGUAG